AGUAGCUCAUGGCACUCCUGAUUCCUUCAGGUAAGGAGCCCAACAAAGUGCCGACUCUUCUCAUCCACAAUGGUCAAUCUGCUGAGGCUUUUAUGGAGUUGGAGUAGUGUAGAGGGACAGACAUACCUACAAAUGUAAUGCAUCUCCAUAAAGUCACUAGAAGGUUGAAGUUAAAUGCUGCAGAGAUAUUAAGAUUGCCUGGAACGCUUUCUGACUGACUGACAUCUUAGAGGAAAACUGUAAAAUUUUUACUUCAGAACAAAUACUAAAUGAACCAAAGUGUCUAGGGAAAAAGAAGUGAUUUUUCACAGUUAUUUUCUUUGCCAUGGGAGUGCUAAUGUUCAAGCAUAUCUUCUUCACAAGCUUUCUUGGAUUCCAUGCAACACUUCUUCUGUUUCCAGUCUGUUUGACGCAAGAUUAUACAGCCUCUCCUGUUUUUCCAAAUGCUUCUUUCCUCUGGGCUUGGAAUGCCCCAACUCACAAUUGUCAUGGGUUCAAUAUAUCGAUAGAUUUGAGCCUCUUCUCCUUAUCAGGAAACCCUGGGCUAAUCGGCCCAGGACGAGGUGUUGUAAUAUUUUAUAAGGACAAACUGGGCUGCUAUCCUUAUGUACAUAAAGGUAAAAAUGUGAAUGGAGGAAUCCCUCAGUUGGCAAAUCUGCAAAAUCAUUUGGACAAAGCUAGGGAAGACAUUUGCGGUUCCUUUGGACCUAACGACGUGGGCUUGGCUGUAAUUGACUGGGAAGAAUGGAGGCCCCUCUGGGACAGAAAUUGGGGUGCUAAAGUUAUUUACAAAACCCAAUCUAUUGAUUUAGCUCGCCAAAAUAAUACGACACUCACUGGUCAAGAGGCAGACCUAGUUGCCAAAGCGGAGUUCGAAAAAGCUGGAAGGAAUUUCAUGCUAGAGACUUUAAAAUUGGGACAAUUACUACGGCCGAAAUACUUAUGGGGUUAUUAUCUUUUUCCUGAUUGUUACAAUCAUCAUUAUGACAACGACCGAGCUUACAAUGGAAGUUGCUUUGACAAAGAAAAAGAAAGAAAUAAUUUGCUCGACUGGUUAUGGAAAGAAAGCACUGCCCUAUUCCCAUCCGUUUAUUUGAAUACCAGAAUAAAAGGUUCCAAUACUGCGCUCUUUGCCCGGAAUCGUGUGCUGGAAGCCCUUCGAGUUUCUAAAGUGCGAAACAAUACGGACCCGCUUCCAGUUUUUGUAUAUUUCCGUCUAGUUUUUACUGAUAACAUUAAGACUUUCCUUAGUGAGGAAGACCUUGUGCAUACAAUUGGGGAAAGCGUUGCUUUAGGCGCCUCUGGAAUGGUAAUAUGGGGCAGCUCCAAUUUAACCGUGAUAAGAGCUGGGAACACAAGAACAGAUAGAGCAGGUCAGGAGAAUAAAGGUAUCAGAGAGCCAGGAAGCAGCGUGUUCAGGAUGGAGCGUGAAGGAAUGGUGAUAUUUUACAUGAGGCAGUCACAAGAUGCUCUGGUGAGGUUGUGCAGCAGAGACCUGUUGAAUUAG